AUGACGGUGAACACACCUCUGUGUUUUAGAGGAAAGAAGAUCCUGGCUCCCAUGGUGCGAGUGGGAACAUUACCGAUGCGUCUUCUUGCUCUGGACUACGGUGCUGAUAUCGUGUAUUGUGAGGAGCUGAUUGAUAUAAAGAUGCUGCAGUGUAGGAGGGUUAUAAAUGAAGUACUUGAAACUGUGGACUUUGUUGCACCUAAUGAAAGAGUUGUUUUCAGAACCUGUGAAAGGGAGAGGCAUCGUGUUGUCUUUCAAAUGGGUUCAGCAGAUGCUGAAAGAGCCCUGGCAGUAGCUAAGCUUGUAGAGAGUGAUGUAGCUGGUAUUGACGUCAACAUGGGAUGCCCAAAAGAAUAUUCUACUAAGGGAGGUAUGGGAGCAGCACUGCUGUCUGAUCCUGACAAAAUAGAGUCUAUAUUGACUACCCUUGUUAAAGGAAUUUGUAAACCAGUAACCUGCAAAAUCCGCAUUUUGCCCUCAAUUGAGGAUACUGUGAAUCUGGUAAAGAGAAUAGAAAAGACUGGUAUUGCUGCCAUUGCAGUCCACGGAAGGAAGAAGGAGGAGAGGCCUCAGCACCCUGUGCACUGUGAUGUGAUCAAAGCCGUAUCUGAAGCAAUCUCCAUUCCAGUAAUAGCAAAUGGAGGAUCUCAUGACUUCAUUAAAGAAUAUACGGACAUUGAGACCUUCCAGAAAGCAACAGCUGCCUCAUCAAUAAUGAUAGCUCGUGCUGCCAUGUGGAACCCAUCUAUCUUCAGAAAAGAGGGUCUGCUCCCCUUGAAGGAAGUCAUGAAAGAUUACAUCAAAUAUGCAGUGAGAUAUGAUAAUCACUAUACCAACACAAAAUACUGUUUGUGUCAGAUGUUAAGAGAACAGUUGGAAACUACUCAGGGUAAGAGGCUGCACGCCGCGCAGUCCACACAGGAGAUCUGUGAAGUCUUUGAAAUGGCUGACUUCUAUGAAGAAACAACAGCUAUUUUCGAAGCAAAGAAAGCAUCUUUAGAAACUGAGACACAAGAUGAAGAUGACCAAAUGGAAGAUCCACAUGUAAUAAAAAUGGCUGUUAGAUUUGAUAAGAGAGAAUAUCCACCACAGGUUACUCCAAAAAUGUAUCUUCUGGAAUGGUGUAGGAAAGAAAAGCAUCCUCAGCCUGUUUAUGAAACUGUUCAAAGGCCACUGGAUAGAUUAUUCUGUUCAGUAGUGACAGUAGCUGAGCAGAAAUACAGAUCAACUCUGUGGGACAAGUCAAAGAAACUAGCAGAACAGGCUGCAGCUAUUGUCUGUCUGAGAACAUUGAGUGUCCCAGAGGGAAAGCUGUGUGAGGGAGAAAAUCACCUGAUUAUCAAACGCAAGAGGGAAGACCAGGAGCGCUUGAAUAACAGAGGCCACGGAGAAGACCUUGCUGAGCCUUCCCAUAAAAGAGCUAAUUUUAUUGAAGAAAAAUCUGCCAUAAAUGUGCCUAAGAUGCCACGAUAGUGUGGAAAUUAGAGAUGCCAAAUCUAUGCAUCUACAAAUUAGCUCUUAUUUGUUUAUCUUGCUGUUCAUGUUUCAUUUGGAUUCUCUUGGAGACAGAUAAAUUCCCCAGUUGUGAAAAAAUGCCAAUGAGAUGUUUACUGUUCACCACUCACUGUAUCUAUGGUGCCUUUCAGACAGGAUAAAUUAGCAACUUGAUUUUAAAGAAC